AUGAAAUUGACAAUUGUCUUAUCAGCCGUUAUAGGGUUGGUUUCUACAGUCCAGGGCAUUUGGUUGGAUACCAACAAUGUAACUAAUUUGAAGGAAGUCAGUGCAUUAUUCGCUGAAGGUUUGCUCGACUACUAUGAUGGUAAUAAAUACGGAGGGACCAUUGGUAUGUUCUCGUGGCCAUAUUAUUGGUGGGAAGCCGGUGGAGCAUGGGGAUCCCUCAUUGAUUAUACUUACUAUAUGGAAAAUGACACGUUUGUGCCAAUGAUUAAGGAGGCAUUGGAGUAUCAGACAGGGGACGAUCUCAAUUAUAUUCCACUCAACCAAUCUACCACAGAAGGUAACGAUGAUCAAGGUUUCUGGGGAAUUGCAGUCAUGGCAGCAGCUGAAAAGAAUUUCAGUAAUCCAAAUGACGAAAAGAAGCAAUGGUUGGCCUUGACGCAAGCUGUGUUCAACACAAUGACUGCGAGAUGGGACCACAAAGAAUGCCACGGAGGAUUGAGAUGGCAGAUUUUCCAGUGGAAUUCGGGUUACGACUACAAGAACUCAGUUUCCAACGGUUGUCUUUUUAACCUCGGGGCUAGGUUGGCCAGAUUCACCAGUAACGAUACUUACAUGGAGUGGGCUGAAAAAGUGUGGGACUGGAUGUACGGUAUUGGAUUGUUAACUGAAGGAGAACACUGGUAUGUCUACGAUGGUGUCACUGUUGGUGGUAACUGUAGUGAUAUCACCAAAUUACAAUGGACAUAUAACCAAGGAUUAAUGAUGUCGGGAUGUGCUUUCUUAUACAAUUACACCGAGGACGAAUUAUGGUAUAAUCGUACCAUGAGAUUGUUAAGUGGUGCACAAGUCUUCUUCAAGGAUAAUGUGAUGUACGAAGCCGCUUGCCAGGACUCCAACAACUGUAACCAGGAUCAACGUUCAUUCAAGGCAUACUUUUCUCGUUUCUUGGGAUUAACGUCUGUCAUGGUGCCAGAUACUGAACCAGUUAUUUCUGAGUGGUUGAUUACCUCCGCCAACGCUGCAGCCAAGAACUCGUGUACCGGGGGUAGUGAUUGGCAUACUUGUGGGUUGAAUUGGCAGAACGGAACCUGGGACGGAUAUUACGGCCUUGGUGAGCAAAUGAGUGCAUUGGAAGUCGUCACUAAUUUAAGAGUCCACGAUCUUCCUCCACCAUACACUGCUAAUAAUGGUGGUUCAUCUAAGGGUAAUCCUUCUGGUGGUUAUGCUGUUACAAAUACCAAUACUUCUCCAUUAAAUUUGGAUAAAGGUGAUACAGCUGGUGCCAGUAUUAUCACUGUUAUUAUUGCUGCUUCGCUCAUAGGAUCGGGUGUCUGGUUAAUUCUAUAG